AUGGCACGACUAGGCAGAGGCGGCUUCCUCGUCCUCGCUGCCGUCUUUCACUUCGUGUACAUCUUCUCCAUCUUUGACAUCUAUUUCGUCAGUCCGCUCGUUCAUGGCAUGCAAGCGCAUAGGGUGGUACAAGACCAAGCUCCCGCCAAACGCCUUGUGCUGUACGUCGGAGACGGACUACGUGCCGACAAAGCCUUCCAGUCGCAUCCUGACCCAAGUCCCGCCGACCCAGCGAACGCCGAUCUUACUCCCAGGCCGCUUGCGCCGUUCUUGCGUUCCCGGGUCCUCGAGCAUGGCACGUUCGGCAUGUCGCAUACGCGCGUACCCACCGAAUCAAGACCGGGGCAUGUGGCGCUGAUUGCAGGACUAUAUGAGGAUGUAUCUGCUGUGACGACUGGGUGGAAGAUGAACCCGGUGGACUUUGACAGCGUCUUCAAUCGAAGCCAGCAUACGUGGAGUUGGGGUAGUCCUGAUAUCCUUCCGAUGUUCUCCGAAGGCGCAGUUCCGGGACGAGUUGACGCGGAUUACUAUCCUCCCGAGUUUGAAGACUUCUCGACCGAUGCGGUUGCGCUAGACAUAUGGGUUUUUGACAAAGUCAAGGCUAUGUUCGAGGAGGCGAAGACGAACUCUACCUUGAACGCGAUGCUACGACAAGAAAAGAUUGUUUUCUUUCUUCAUCUCCUCGGACUGGAUACUACCGGGCACUCUUACAGGCCAUAUUCCAAAGAGUACCUCCACAAUAUCAAAAUCGUCGACCAGGGUGUGGAGGAGAUCACCAAGUUAAUCGAUGCCUUCUACGCGGAUGAUGAGACUGCUUAUGUCUUCACUGCUGAUCACGGGAUGAGCGAUUGGGGUAGCCAUGGUGAUGGACAUCCCGACAAUACUCGGACCCCUCUCAUUUCCUGGGGCUCGGGCGUGGCUAAGCCGAAUAUUCACCCCAAUGGCGACGCACCUGGCCAUGAAGAUGGCGUCUCUCAUGACUGGAACCUGAACAACGUGCAAAGGCAUGACGUAGCUCAGGCCGACGUUGCUGCUCUCAUGGCCUACCUUGCCGGCAUUGAAUUCCCGGUGAACUCUGUUGGAGAACUGCCGUUGUCAUACCUUGCAGCGACAACAGAAGCGAAAGCUGCGGCCGCACUUGCCAACGUCAAAGAAGUGCUCGAAAUGUACAACGUAAAGGAGGCCGAGAAGAAGGCGACCGCCAUGCAGUACAAGCCAUAUUCUGGUUUCGCUCAGACUGACGGCUCUGCCUCGGACCGUAUCGCAAACAUCGAGCAGAACAUCGCUUCCGGAGAGCACGAACUGGCCAUAAACCAGACCGCUGUCCUAUUCCAGGACGCAAUUCAGGGCCUUCGAUACCUACAAACGUACGACUGGCUUUUCCUACGAGCACUCAUUACCAUGGGGUACUUAGGCUGGAUUGCCUACGCUCUGAGCACUGUUAUUGAUCUUCACGUUACCCAAGGGAGCACAAGUGGCGAGCGGACCUUGACAAGCAACAUUGCCUUCUCUUCAGUCCUUGUCUUGCUAUACGCAUCUUUUAUCGUCGACCGUUCACCUAUACAGUAUUAUUUGUAUGCAUUGUUUCCGGUGUUCUUCUGGGAAGAAGUGUUUGCUAGACGAAAUGGUUGCAUCGCCGGGUUCAAGAUUCUGCUUGGUCAGAUGCAAAGUCCCACAGCGAAUGCUACAUUGGUAAUUCAAUUCGUGCUAUUUCUAGCUGUCGUCGAAGCGUUGGUUCAAUCAUACUUUCACCGCAUCAUCUUUACCAUCUGCUAUUGUCUAGCGGCAUUCUGGCCUUCGCUGUACGGUCCGGAUUUCGUUGCGCAACACUCGAAGAUCCUGCUAGUCUGGGCAGCAGGAUGCUUGGGUCUCGGCACUUUUACGCUUCUACCUGUCAUCAAAAUCGAAAACGCAAACACCAUCACAUUCGGCGGCCUGCUUAUGCUCGCUGCUGGCGUCGGAUAUGUACUCUUUGAGCAGAGUAUUACUGCGCAAUCACGAAGCGGUAAGGCAGCUUCGGGACAGACCAGUGCCUUGUCUAGAGCUUUCAUGGGCUUGCAGCUAGGCGUCAUCCUCCUCACAGUCCUUGUUAGCCAUUCGAGCGUUCUAUCUCUUCAAGCGAAGAAGGGUCUUCCUCUGGGGAACCAAGUCAUUGGAUGGCUGUGUCUGGUAGCUUCCCUCACUCUACCGUUCGCCCACCGAUUCGCACCCAACAACCACUACCUCCAUCGCCUAAUGGUCAUAUUUCUGACUUUUGCGCCCACCUUCAUCAUCCUCACAAUCUCCUAUGAAGGUCUGUUUUACUUCACCUUCGGUGCUACACUCCUCACCUGGAUUCGACUGGAGCACGCCAUUUUCAGGUUCCAUAACAAACCUACGGCCAAACCUGUGCACCAGAAUGGCACGGUUAUUACCAGUACCACACCGUCUGCCGCCGAUAUCACGCCUCGCAAGACAUAUCGAACUUUGACCUUGGCUGACUUCCGUACAUCACUCUUCUUUUUCUUCCUCCUACAAUCGGCCUUCUUUUCAACCGGAAACAUCGCCUCGAUCUCGUCAUUCUCGCUAGAUGCUGUCUACCGCCUCAUCCCUGUUUUCGAUCCCUUCUCCCAGGGCGCGUUGCUGAUACUCAAGAUCAUGGUCCCCUUCGCACUGAUCUCAGCCGCGCUUGGCAUUUUGAAUCGCCGAGUCGGCCUACAGAGCAGCGCGCUCUUCAUGGUGGUGAUGGCGAUCUCAGAUCUUAUGACACUAAAUUUCUUUUGGAUGGUCCGCGAUGAAGGCAGCUGGCUGGAGAUCGGGACGACUAUCAGUCAUUUCGUCAUUGCAAGUCUGAUCGGCGUGUUUGUCGCCGCCCUCGAGGGAUUGAGCGAAGUGCUUAUCCGCGGGGUCGAAGUUGACAGCGAUGACUUUGAGAAAGAACUCGAGAAGGGGGGUGUCGAGCGGGUUGGAAAUGGCUCCGUGCAGAAAAUAUCAGUCGACGAGAGGCUGGCUAUUGAGUAA